AUGGCAGGCAAAGACCGACACAAAAGCGAGAAGCUUGAUGGCGAGAAAGGAAAGAUAAGGAAUGAUGAAGGUAUGCUCAAGAAUCUCGAGGGUUCAAGAGCCUUGCAGAUACCAACGGACGAGGGACGUCUCUCUAGCGAAAACAACCCAGCACGGGCCUGGGACAAUGACAUGGGCCCUCGCAAACUUUGA